AUGCCCGACAGGGAGUCACAGCUCGUCACUGUGAGCACUGAGUUCAUUACGCGAACGGCCGUGCCAUAUCCCGCCAAGUCCAGCAAGGAAAUCCUCGAGGAUCUCCUCCAAGAAUUCCCGGACCAAAACGCGGCAAACAAACUCACAUUCUACAUCGGGUCCAAUUAA